AUGGUGAUCUCGUUUCUGUUGAACAAUACCAGAAUAAAGCGCGUGCUCAUGGAUCCAGGCAGCUUGGCCAACAUAAUUAGAUUAGAGGCAAUAGAACAGCUGGGGCUGCUCAAUCGAGUCGUUGACGUCCCUCGAAUCCUCCAUGGCUUCAACAUGACCGGCGAAGUAACAAAUGGAGAGAUCACCCUCCCGAUCGACACGUCUGGCACGAUUCAGAACACCGAGUUCCAGGUCAUCGACGGCGACAUGAGGUACAAUGCAUUACUCGGCAGGCCUUGGAUACAUAGUGUGAGGGCAGUAACCUCAACCUUGCAUCAGGUGAUAAGGUUUCCCACGAGGGAUGUCAUAACGACCAUAUAUGUUGAACAAUGGGCAGCGAAAGAAAUGUUCGCAGUCCACCAUGAGGUGCCUAAUCCCACAUGCAUGAUCCCGGAUAAGGAUAGAAAUACACAGGCCCCCGAGGACGACGAGGAAGAUUUCUUCGCCCCCCGAACCUUCAUCGCCCCCGAAGAAUCGUAUGCAACUAAAUCAACAGUCGAAGAGCUGGAGUAG